AUGCGGCAGAGGGCUGCAGGAGAAAGCGCCGACACAGUACUAUUUCCGGGCCCAGACUGCGUCUGCGCGUCGCGCCGCCUAGUGCGUAAUAUCAGAAGCCAACCAAGUCGCCCUGGACGCCAAGGCCUGGUGGCUAGAGCGGCCCGUCCAGCUCGCCUCCUCCCGGAUAGAGCGUCGCUUCCGCUCAGAGCCGCGUGUGACCUUCCCGCUUGCGGAGCUAUGCUGCCGGCGGCGGCGGCGGCUAGCCGCCUGUGGGGGCCGCGGCUUGGACUCGGGGGAUCGGCGCUCCGCCUUGUCAGGCAACAGAUGCCCGGUGUCUGUGUGGCGCGGCAGUUGAGAAGCAGCAGCCACCGAAGGAGUGAAGCACUCGCCGGUGCACCCCUGGAUAAUGCUCCCAAGGAGUAUCCCCCCAAGAUCCAGCAGCUGGUCCAAGACAUUGCCAGUCUUACGCUCCUGGAGAUCUCAGACCUCAACGAACUCUUGAAGAAAACAUUGAAGAUCCAGGAUGUCGGCCUUAUGCCAAUGGGUGGCAUGGUGCCUGGUGCCGUCCCUGCUGCAGCACCAGCCCCUGAGGCGGCCGAGGAAGAAGACCUCCCCAAGCAGAAAGAGCAGACACACUUCACGGUGCGCCUGACGGAGGCGAAGCCUGUGGACAAAGUGAAGCUGAUCAAGGAGAUCAAGAACUACGUUCAGGGCAUAAACCUUGUGCAGGCCAAGAAGCUGGUGGAGUCCCUGCCCCAGGAAAUCAAAGCUAACGUCGCCAAAGCUGAGGCAGAGAAGAUCAAGGCAGCCUUGGAGGCAGUGGGUGGCACUGUGGUUCUGGAGUGACAGCACUGCUCCAAGGACUUAUGGACUAGAGUCCCUGGGAUCCAGGCCAAGCUGCUCACCCCGCUUCACUCCCAGGCGGUGCGGUACAGUGAGAGCAACAGCUACUGACGCUAGUGACGGAGGUCUCCUGAGAGAGGGACAACAUGGACCUACUGUGAUGGGGUGGGGCAGUGACAACCUUUGCAGAACUCUCAAGAGAUUGCCUUGGGAACUCAAGUGAAGACACCCUCUGGUGGCUACUGAGAAAAUAUACUAUUCAGGCUGGGUGUGUUCAGUGAGUGGUCUGUGUCCCCAGGGCUCGGAGUAUAAAGGACCACCUUGAGGCAUGUGUAUGUCCUGAACCUCACCCGGGCUCUUUGCCCCUGAA